CGCUAUACGCGAUAGUGUAAGUCCAUACCUUCCUGCAGCAAGCGCAAGUUGCGGGUGUCCGCCUGAAAAUGCAGUGGGUCGUGUGGAGAUGACUCCCGCACGGACAAAGUCGUUUUCCGAGGUUUUAGAAGCUGGGCAGGAGAGCGGAGCAACGAGGGCCCUGCGAUACUCGAGCCCUUUUGGUGCGCGUGCCUUCCAUCAGCCUGGCGGAGAGGGCGAAGGUCUCACGCCGUUGGGAGGCCCACUCUGCUGGGGCUGCGGUCGUCGGAUGGUCUUCGAAGAAGAAAAAACGGACGUAGAAGAGGAAGCAGGAGAAGGAAGAACAGGGCAGACGAAGUCUGGCGCAGCAGGACCAAUGGUGGUUUCCCUCUCAGUGCUGUCUGAACUUGCGAAGAAGCGUGGGGAUCAAAAAUGCUCAUUGAAUGGAAGAACAUUGAGGGGGAGUGGGGACGCAGGAACGAGGCCGGUGGAAAGAGCUCCACUUUCGUACGGCGCCGAGAGUAAGCAGGGGAAUCUAGAAGAAAUUUUCGCCACAGCCUUGGCAGAGGCGAGAGCGAGUGCAGGUAACUUUGCCAUGCAACUGUAGCUUGUUUCGAUUAGCUAUGCUUGUCGCUUCAACGUUCGUCUCCGUCAGUCGAAGUCAAUAUGAUCCCUGCGCGGGGACUUCCUCGAUACAGCACUGUACUAAGAUUCACGACCAACAUUUUUCACAUUCACUACUUCCCUUUGAGGCUGAGUCCAUUCUUUUCAUUUUCUACUCCCACGACCGUACAUUCAGGAGACUCCAAAG